AUGCCCGAACAUGUUGGAGUGGUGCCGCCUCCAGCGGGACUGACAGCCAACUUCGACUACUCUCACCCAUGGCUAUGGAAUGCCAAUAUAUCACUCAUUACUGUCGGCAAGUUGGGCUGGGAUGACGCCUUCAUUGUUCUUGCAUGGGUAUUCUCUCUUGGGACUCAAAUAACUUGUAUCUAUGCAUACCAAUACGGCGGAGUUGGCAUACAUUUGUGGAACGUCACUGCAGAGAUGUUGGACGUGUAUGAAAAGGUUCUCCUGGCUGCAGCCGUCGUAUACGUCCCCGCCCUCGCAUUUGCCAAGAUGAGCCUCAUCUUUCUCUAUCGCCGCAUCAUAAACAGAAAGGCAGCGUACAGCUGGGCUCUUCACUUGAUUUCCGCUAUUGUGGUUGGAUACAGCAUCGCCAUUAUAUUCGCGUUGGUCUUUGCCUGUAACCCUGUUGAGAAGGCCUGGGAUUCUACCAUUACAACUGGGUCUUGCAUCAACCGCAGCGGGCUAUAUAUUGCAACAGCUGUGACAAAUAUCGUCACUGACUUCGCCCUGAUCAUCCUCCCCAUACCGCUAGUGGUGUCCCUUCAGAUGCCUAAGAUCCAGAAGAUCUAUCUUGUGUUGAUUUUCGUCAUCGGUUGCGCGACGAUUGUUACCAGUAUUCUCCGUCUCACGACCUUGAUCCCUUUCUUAACUGCCGAAGACGUGACAUACCAACUGGCUUGGCCCCAGAUCUGGAUCAACGUGGAAGCAAAUCUGAUUGUAAUUUGUCCUUGCCUACCCUCAUUACGGCAAUUUAUGAGACACUAUGUCCCUGGAUGGGUCGGCGAGGCUAGCAGCCACGCCCGCCGUUACUUUAACACCGGCAGUGUCUCAAACAGUCGUUGGAAGCUUGGGUCUUCUCGACAACAAGAUGAGAUCGCUCUUACUGAAAACGGUGGGAGCAUCCAAGGUGGCUCGCGUAUAGCCAAAGACGUGCAAUGGAAUGUGACAGAAGAGCGGGUUGACGGUGACUUGGACCAUCUCUCGAGCGAGCAAGACAGGAAAACGACAUUCCUCUAA